AUGGCCAAGGUGUUUGUCGAAGACAGUCUACAUGUCCCUGAGUCUGUCUCACCCAGCAAGCAGCUAUUUUGUAGGCCGGAACACAUCCGUAUCUUCGCCACAGGCUGUGAAAGUUUGGGACCCGGUGGUUUAUGCCUGCAAUUACAGGACGACAGCUCAUUCGCUCACCCCCUGGACUCUGGAAGUGAUAUGACAACAUGUGUGAUCGGAUCAGGCCUGGCCAAGAAACAGCAGAGAUAUUGUAUCCUGCCUGAUUUGGGUAACUGCAAGCCCAGAACUGGCUGGGCCGGGUUCCAUCAAAGGAUCCCACGACGCAGGAUUCAGUUCCUUGUACUUCAGGGAUAA